AGCGCCGGGGCAAGUGAGAGCCAGACGGGCACUGGGCGACUCUGUGCCUCGCUGAGGAAAAUAAUUAAACAUGGGCAAAGGAGAUCCUAAGAAGCCGAGAGGCAAAAUGUCAUCAUAUGCAUUCUUUGUGCAAACUUGCCGAGAGGAGCACAAGAAGAAGCACCCAGAUGCUUCAGUCAACUUCUCAGAGUUUUCUAAGAAGUGCUCAGAAAGGUGGAAGACCAUGUCUGCUAAAGAGAAAGGAAAAUUUGAAGACAUGGCUAAGGCGGACAAGGCCCGUUAUGAAAGAGAAAUGAAAACUUAUAUCCCCCCUAAAGGGGAAACAAAAAAGAAGUUCAAGGAUCCCAAUGCACCCAAGAGGCCUCCCUCGGCCUUCUUCUUGUUUUGUUCUGAGUAUCGCCCAAAAAUCAAAGGAGAGCAUCCCGGCCUAUCCAUUGGUGAUGUUGCAAAGAAACUGGGAGAGAUGUGGAAUAACACUGCUGCAGAUGACAAGCAGCCUUAUGAAAAGAAGGCUGCUAAGCUGAAGGAAAAAUAUGAAAAGGAUAUUGCUGCGUACCGAGCUAAAGGAAAGCCUGAUGCGGCAAAAAAGGGAGUUGUCAAGGCUGAAAAGAGCAAGAAAAAGAAGGAAGAGGAGGAAGACGAGGAGGAUGAAGAGGAUGAGGAGGAGGAAGAAGAUGAAGAAGAUGAAGAAGAAGACGAUGAUGAUAAUUGGAACGCCGCGGCACGUGGCAUGAGGUGUGACGUCGGCACGUCACGCGCGAGGCUGAGUUCCGCCAGUGGCCGCCCGGGGGCUGAGGUGAGGCUGCGGGGGCCCCGGGGAGCCCCUGGGCCGCGCGGCCGGUACUGUGGUGGUGAGGACGCCUCCGAGGCCCCGGCCUCGGCCGCGCUGAGCACGCUGGGCCCCGAGACGCCACUGUCAGCCGGUGAACUGCACUCCUGCCUCGGAUUGGAGAUGCUCUGGCCCCGGCGGUUUGGGAUUUUUGCCGAUGGAGAAGAGCAAAUGGUGCAGAAAGUGGCCGACUUAUUGGUGAUGAAAAGGAAGUAA